AUGUGGUUCCCAAAAGGAAUUGGCAAUGCGAUGGUGUUUGCUCCAGCGAUUGUGUUUCUUGGAGACCACUUUGAAAGGCGCAGAGCAUUGGCCAUGUCGUUGGCAUACAGUGGAGGCUGUAUUGGAGGGAUGGUGUAUCCCCCCUUCACGAGGUACAUCCUGGACAACUAUGGCGUGAGAGGAGCCAUGUUAUUACUUGGGGGGCUGCACCUCCAUUAUGUGCCUGCUGCCAUGUUAUUCGUCAAACCAAACAUGAUCAGGUACUUUGACACUUCCAAAGAACCUGAGCAAGAUCUGGAUGCCACGAUCAAACAUGCCACCGAAGAUAAAAUCGGUUGGAAUAAAUAUUUUGUGUCACUAAAAGACAAUCUACAGAUCAGUCACAUAUCGCAAAGUAUGUGUGAUCUAAAUACAAUUAGUAUGUUCCCUACUUUAUGUCAAUCUGACCAAAAAGUUCAUACAUUGAAAUAUGGUUUCUCAAACAAUAUUUUAUCAGCUUCGUUGCCGUCGAAGUUGAAUGCAAACCAGAACAAGGAGUUAGACCAGAACAAGGAGUUUGACCAGAACAAGGAGUUUGACCAGAACAAGGAACUUGACCAGAACAAGGAGUUUGACCAGAACAAGGAGCUUGACCAGCUUUAUGCAUUUGAUUCCAAGUCAAGUCAGGUGGACACACUCGCACACAAAGGAAGAAGAAACAUAUUUUUCAGAUGUUGCGAUAUGAUGGACACGUCCUUGUUCACCAAUCCUUUGUUCUUCGUCUUUAUAUGUUUCCAUCUCUUUAGCAUUGGUGUUAUGUCAUACCCGUCCUUUGUCCCAUCGGUCGCUAAGGAAAAUGGAAUAAGCGAUGAGAAAGGAGCUCUCCUUGUCACCAUCCACGCGGGACUUGAUUUGUUUUGCAGGUUAUGUACAGGUUUCAUAGCCGAUCAGGGAUGGUUUAAGAGAUACAGACUGCUGGCAACGGCCUUUUUUAUACUUGGGACACUGUACCAGUUUGUUGCUUACUAUACAUCGUUUCCUUUGAUGGUAGUGUAUGUGGUUUUGUUUGGGAUGUUCAGUGGGUCCUACUAUUCUCUGCAUCCAAUCAUAGCCGUUGACUUUUUUGGGACAGAAAGAUUUGCGAAGGUUCUGGGCUACGUCCAGUUUGCGCAUGGAUUUGUCAUCACAGUCAGUUAUCCCAUCAUAGGCAGUCUCCACGACCUGACCGGAAGUUACGUGACGUCAUGCCAUCUACAGGGGGCUGGGCUGUACAUCGCUGCCAUCUUGUUGCUGAUAAAGCCACUCACAAGGAAUACACAGUCGUCAAAAUAGCGAGAAUCAUCCUCGAUCAUCUAGUGUGUUAUUUCUCCAUUCUAUGAUAAUAUUCCCCUGAAACGAAUGAUGGUUUCCUGUUGAUGUAAUAUUAUCUGAUUCAUAUGUCCAUCAUUCAGUUGUGUAAAACGAAUGUGAGUGUCUGCACCAAUGUGAGGCACCAAAGUUAAAAUUGACUUUUCACUGCGUGUGAAUGUUUUCCAUGGUAAUAUGUUAUGUGAGAGAGCACGAGAAGGAGAGAGAGAGAGAGAGACACGUGUUUUCAAGUACCGGAAGUAUUAAUAUUUUGAAACUCCGACUGAAGCUGAUGAAUUUCCAAAUGAUAUUUCUUGACAUCGUAUAUUGAAUAAAACACGCAAAUCGGAACACAAGCUGCAAUUACUGCAAAUGCAUAAC